AGACUUUGAUACUUCUUUUAUAGUUAUUACUUUUGGAUAAAUUGGUUUUCGAAGUUAAAAGCCAUAUAGCAUUAGAAUUGAAAUUUUGAUUAGAUUUUCACGUCAUUGGAUUUACAAAGAUGUUUUAUUGCACUGCCUUUUUUGCAUUAUUAUUUCAUGUGGUACAAUCAAAUAGUGAUACGUGUGAUGCAAAAUGUACUAUUACAUCAGAUGACGAAACAAUCUGUGCCUUUGAACCCAAAGAGAAGAAAUAUAUGGUGUUUCCUAGCAAAUGUUCUCUCGUUGCUUAUUCAGACUGUUAUAAUGCUGAACUGGUAGUAACCACAAUCGACUUUUGCGUCAAGAACCAUAUAAAAGAGACAAGAAGGAUGUACGGCGAGUCUUGUCCGAUGUUUUGUCCUAAUCACUGGAGGCCGGUAUGCGGCGCGUCCAAACUGAGAGAUUAUAAAUACAGGUCAUUUACCAAUGGAUGUUAUAUGGACAUGUUGAACUGCAGAGGCGAUGAGGAAUUAGACGGUUACGUGGAAGUGCCGCUGGAGUUCUGCCCAAAACACUCAAUGAAGAACAUGUUCAAAGAACAAAUUGUCGUUACGAAUCUACACGACUAUCGCGAUUACAAUUUAUGGAAAUAAUUAUUACAUCGAUUUACAUAAUCGUUUUAUUUUUCGAAAAUAAUAAUGAGAUGAAAAAAAUCUGGAAUCGAGCGGGAAUUUAAUACGCGCCCCUGUCUAUCCGGGACAGUGCUCUUGACCACUCAGCUAUCGAGACCAUACCAAUUCGGCUGAAUUAAUUCAUCUCUUUACGUCUUACGUAAAAUAAAUUAAAAAUAAGCACGUGUGACAUAUAUAACAAAUUGUUUUAUUUUUAUUGUAUUCCGCUGUCCUUGUAAUAUAUCUCAUUCAUCUGAGUUUUGAAUGAUUGUUAUCUUGUAAUAAUUAAUUUAAUAAAAUACUUUUAAGUCGCAAAACUCAAAAA